AUGCCGCGCAAGGCGAUUGACUCGCGUAUUCCCGCCUUAAUCCGAAAUGGAGUCCAGGAGAAGAAGCGUAGCUUCUUCGUGGUGGUCGGCGACCGCGCCAAGGAUGUAAUCGUGCAUCUCCACUAUAUCAUGUCCAGCGUCGAUGUGAAGCAGAACAAGUCUGUGCUGUGGGCCUACAAGAAGGAUCUGCUGGGCUUUACCAGUCACAGAAAGAAGCGCGAGGCAAAGAUUAAGAGAGAGGUCAAGCACGGUAUUCGGGAACCCAACCAGGAGGAUCCCUUCGAGUUGUUCAUCACCCUCAAUCAAAUCCGCUACGUCUACUACAAGGAAACCGAGAAGAUUCUGGGUAACACCUACGGCAUGUGUAUUUUGCAGGAUUUCGAGGCGAUGACCCCGAACCUUUUGGCGCGCACGGUCGAAACAGUUGAGGGUGGUGGUAUGGUCAUUCUACUACUCAAGAGCAUGAGCAGUCUGAAGCAAUUGUACACUUUGUCCAUGGAUAUUCACUCUCGGUACCGAACAGAGGCUCACGACGAUGUCGUCGCCCGCUUCAAUGAGCGCUUCAUCUUGUCUUUGGGAAGCUGUGAUUCCUGCUUGGUCGUGGAUGACGAAUUGAACGUGCUGCCCAUCUCCGGUGGUAAGAGCGUCAAGCCGCUCCCUCCCCCCGAAUCCACCGAUGAGUCGAGCUCCGGCACAAAGAAAGAAUUGAAGGAAAUUAAGGAAAGCCUGGCUGACGCGAAGCCUAUUGGCCCGCUGGUGAACCUUGCUAAGACUGUGGAUCAAGCGAAGGCACUUUUGACAUUUGCCGAUGCCAUCGCUGAGAAGACACUGAAGAGCACCGUUACUCUGACUGCCGGUCGUGGACGAGGAAAGUCUGCAGCUCUUGGUGUUGCAAUCGCAGCAGCCAUCUCUCACGGAUAUAGCAACGUCUUCAUUACUUCACCAAGCCCCGAGAACUUGAAGACAUUGUUUGAGUUCAUUUUCAAGGGUUUCGAUGCCCUUGGCUACCUUGACCACGUCGAUUACACCAUUCUCCAGUCAACCAACCCUGAUUUCAACAAGGCGAUCGUCAGAGUCAACAUUCACCGCAACCACCGCCAAACCAUUCAGUACAUCCAGCCCCAGGACGCACAUGUCCUCGGACAAGCUGAGCUCUUGGUCAUCGAUGAGGCUGCCGCCAUUCCCCUGCCUCUGGUGCGGAAAUUGAUGGGACCUUACCUGAUCUUCAUGGCCUCCACUAUUAACGGUUACGAAGGAACCGGUCGUUCGCUCUCUCUGAAGUUGAUCCAGCAGCUUCGUGAGCAAUCUCGAGGCGGCAUUAAGUCUAACGACACCGAUGUGGCGGACCGUAGCACUGGUAAGACCGCAAAGAACUCGGACAAGAACCUCGGUGGCCGUUCUCUUAGAGAGAUUACUCUCGCAGAGCCGAUUCGUUACGCCCCUGGAGAUUCCGUCGAGAAGUGGUUGAACAAAGUCUUGUGCUUGGAUGCAACUCUCCCCAAGUCUCGUAUGAACACCCAAGGCUGCCCUCACCCGUCCAAGUGUCAGCUGCUCCAGGUCAACCGAGACACACUUUUCUCCUUCCACCCUGUUUCCGAGAAGUUUUUGCAACAGAUGAUGGCACUUUAUGUCGCUAGUCACUAUAAGAACACUCCCAACGAUCUUCAGCUCAUGAGUGACGCACCAGCUCACCAACUUUAUGUACUUGUCCCUCCAAUUGAGGAGGAUGCCGCGAAGCUUCCCGAGCCUCUUUGCGUUAUUCAAGUUGCUCUUGAAGGCCGAAUCAGCAGACAGAGCGUUCUUAACAGCCUCAGCCGUGGUCAGCGUGCCGGUGGUGACCUCAUCCCCUGGCUGGUCAGCCAACAGUUCCAAGAUGAAGACUUUGCCAGUCUCUCCGGAGCCCGAAUUGUUCGUAUUGCCACAAACCCCGAGUACGUUGGCAUGGGAUACGGUUCGCGCGCUAUGGAGCUUCUUGUUGAUUUCUUCGAGGGCAAGUUCACUAGCCUGGAUGAGACCAUGACUGCUCCUCAAGAAGAGAUGGUUCGGGUCACCGAUGAAGAGCUUGCCAACUCGAGCCUUUUGGAUGAUAACGUGCACGUCCGUGAUAUCCGCACCAUGCCUCCUCUGUUCGGUAAGCUCACGGAGCGCCGUCCCGAUGCUCUGGACUACGUUGGUGUCAGCUACGGUCUUACACCCACCCUCCACAAAUUCUGGAAGCGUACUUCUUUCCACCCAGUCUACCUGCGUCAAACUCCUAACGAGCUGACUGGAGAGCAUUCCUGUGUUAUGCUUCGCACUCUGGCCGCUGGUACCAAUGAUGCUAGCUGGUUGGGAUCUUUCUCCCGUGAUUUCCACCGUCGAUUCCUUGCUCUGCUCUCUUAUCAAUUCCGCCAAUUCCCCUCGGUGCUUUCCCUCAGCAUUUGUGAAUCUGCCAACGCCGGCGCUAAGCUUGACACAGCUGCCGUGCUGCGCAACUUGAAGAAGGCUGAUCUUGACGCCGCUUUCUCGCCCUUCGAUCUGAAGCGUCUUGAUAGCUACGCCAACAACCUCUUGGACUACCACGUCAUCUUGGAUAUGAUUCCUCUCAUCGCCGAGUACUACUUUGCCAACCGCUUGGCUGGCAAGGUGAGCCUCUCGGGUGUGCAGCAGUCCAUCCUUCUUGCUAUUGGUCUGCAGCGCAAGAGUCUGGAUGAUAUUGAGAAGGAGCUGAGCCUUCCCGCCCCUCAACUCCUUGCCAUGUUCCUCAAGAUCAUGCGUAAGGUUUCUACUCACUUCCGUGGUAUCGUUGAGGGUGCCGUGGCCGAGUCUAUGCCCGCAGAAAAGGCCCCUAUCGAGCCAGCGGGUGGUGCUCACGAUGAUGAUAUCAUCGAGGACCGCUACAAACCGCUGGAAACUGGCCUGGAUGAGGAACUUAAGGAAGGUGGCAAGCAGAUCGACGAUGAGAUGCGUGAGAAGCAGCGUGCGCUGAUUGAUUCUCUUCCCUUGGACAAAUACGCAAUUGAUAGCGGCUCUACAGCCUGGGAAGACGCCGAAAAGCAAAUCCGCACCGGCGGCGCUGCUACUGUCAGCGUGAAGUCUAAGCCUUCAAAGCGGAAGAAGAGCGGUGAGACCGCUCGUGAGAUCUUCGACAAGGAGGUCGAUGCCAAGAGGCAGAAGAUGAUCAAAAAGGGCACCGAGGGCCGCAAAAAAUAG